UUUUUCGUGAAGGUGUUCCUCAAAUCUCUUCCUCAUUCGGUACGGUACCGCUGUACCGCUACACCAGUAUGAUCUCUUCGUCAUUCUGUAUGAUCUCAAUCUCUCAUUCUUGGACUUUGAGUCUUUCGGAUAUGUACAAGCUGAAGAUAGUGGGGGUAUCACGCUGCUCCAAUGUUACAAACUGAGUGUGGCUCGAUAACAUCUUUCCAGUACUCGAAGCCGUGCUAAUUCGCUUGCUUUCAGUUAGGAGGCGUUAGCGUCACUUCCACAGGCAAGAUGUUGCAUGUGUUGGAUCGAGACAGCUUAAAAUAGUAACCUGGACCAGAGGUCUGUACACCUCAAUCAUGUCAAUGGCAAGCUGAUAAAUCAAUGAUGAUUCACGUGAUGGCCGUUUCUGAAUUCUGAUGUCGAGGGAUCUGCAACCAGAGGCUCGGAGCAUGAAGCCGACCCCCACCCAUAAGGCGAACAUUCAGUAUCAUGCUUACUGCAUCAGACAGGAGAGAAGCGUACAGUCUGAUUGUGUGUGGGACAUGAGCAGAAAAGACUGCAACACACGGCCACGUCGUUUGCCACAGGGUCGAGGGACGUCUGGUACACGGGCCAUUUUUCUAUUCAAAAUACUGCUGUGCAGUCGGGCAAUCAGUCUGUGCGCUGGACUGGACGACUCUGGUGUGCCAGCCGGGGAUCAGAGAAGACUGGACAUGCUACACUACAAGUAUGUGAAAAACCGUCUGCUGGAAAGCCUACAUCGGCAAAGUCAACUCUUGCAAACGGUCGUCAACCUGCUUGCAGGCAACACGAGCACUGCUGCAUCGUGUGAAUCAUCAGAGCAAGCGGAUACGGAUGCGGACAUGCGUCCUAUCUCUACAGAGGCGCUGCAUGCGUUCAACCAAGGUCCGUACGGAACAGGACAUACUGACACCGCCGCCAGUGCAGGUCGUUCUGAUGAUGCCCCGGUGGGAUCUGACACACCACCGCGGCCAACCCGGGCAUCAAUGAGUGGUCAGCGAGCACAGCGGUCGGCAUCGUUACUCAUCGUGCAAAAGCUGCACUCGCGUAAUCAGGAAGCUAUUGGGCGCCUUGACCAGGCAUUGCGAAUUGUCCUCGUUGGGCAUGUGAGCCAUGGCAAGAGUCUUCUGGUGAAUGCUCUCCUCAAGCAACAAGUCUUGCCGUCCAAUGUCGGCCCCAUCUCCUACUUCUCAGUGAUUGUGCGGGGAACGGAUGACGAACAGCCACAUGCACGGCUGCCAGGUGGUGUGAAGUUGCCAAUUGAGGAGCUUGCCGGAUACGUGGAUACAUUCAUUACCGCAGACGGACCAGAUAAAGCAGACACUGAGCCUGGAUCAGAUAAGUUCAAUAUGACCAUUACGCUGCUGUGGCCUCGCUCAAGCUCUCCAGUGCUGGCAAGCCAAGACGUCGAGAUCUGGGACACCGCAGGGUAUGACUACAACGAGGACAUCAACCGUGUCAUCCUCGAGCAAUGUCGGCAAGCAGAUGUUACCCUGGCUGUUGUCGACUCCACCAUGGGACUUUCCCUUUCGCUUGCUAACGUCUUGCGCGACAUUGAUGGUCAUGCCAGCGUUCUGAUUGCCUUCACCAAGUGGGAUGUCUUUGCAAGUCAUGUCUCUCCAGCAAGACUCGAGUCUACUCGUGAAGCGUAUACACGCCGUGCUCAGCAGUUAGUCUUCAAUGAACACAGAGAUGUUGUCGGCAAUGCCUCUGGUAAGAUCUUCUUCAUUGAUUCAAUGUCACACUGGAACGAUAUAGUUGAUCACGGCAAGCUGUGUCAUUCACCGGACUCACCUCACACGGGAACGACAGCAUGCCCAUCUGCCGUGUCAGAUCCAAGAACGGCGCCCCUGGGUGGUUUGAGUGCAGACGAGGUGUCCACUGUCGGGUCCCGGGGCUUUGCUGCCCUUGAAGCUGCUCUGUACCAGGUAGCCGCUGGCAACGGCAUCAAGACAAAGCUGUACAUCAGCUGGAGAGUUGCCAAUCUUCUCUCGGUGGAAAUACACUCUGUGUUAGAGACACAUUGCCAAAGUAAUGCAGAGCGGCUGAGCUAUGUGAGAGACAGACUUCAGUCAUACAGGAACGAUCUUAAUACGUUAGCAACCAGACAAGAGAUUGUCAGGCGGCAUGUCGACAAUUACCUCAAUGCAGUGUUGGCAUGGAAAGCUGCCAGUCUUCUGUCUGUUCUGGGAGAUUUCAGGAACAUGGAGCGUGAGAUGAUGGAUGGUGUUGAGAAAGAAGUAGCGGCACACCGCUAUCUGCAGACACUCAACAAGCGACUUCUGUCUGGUGAACUGGCGGUAGCAGAUCGGCUUAUGCAUGAUUUACACAUCCAUCGUUACUUGCUGUUGGAAGCUGUACCCGUGCAUUUGCAGGAUGCAGUCAAUGUGCUACUGCGUCAGACCAACGAGACUGUCCAGCUGUACCUGAGUGACUGUGCGCUGGCGGACUUCCAAUCCUCACCCGUGGUCAUACUAAUGUACACUGCACUUCGAGUGGCCUGUGUUCUGCUUGUUGCUUAUGUGUUUCUCAUCUUCCAGCCAUUACGCCGUGCUGGCUCGAUAGUUGCUGCGUUUGCUUUGCUCUACGCUGUGCUUGUGGGGCUGAACUUCGACGUCGACAUAGAGCGAACACGGUACCUUGUCUGGCACAUUGAGCACUCGUUGCAGUUUGUGACUUACCGUCGCCUAGCAAGCUUAACCGACCAGCAAAGGCAGCACUUGCAUGCCGAGCUGCACAGGCAGUUUCUCCUGUUGCAGGAGAGGUUGAGCAGCGAUUGUGAUGGGCUGGCUGAGAAAGCGUCGUGCCUUCUCGAAAUACAGCGGCUUUGCCACUCGGCUGAACAUGAAACGUCGCUACUCAUGGAUUAUAUUCUUGUUAUGAAAGAGCUAGUAGAACCAUGGUGAGUUGAUGCUUGCGCUAGAAGUUAUCAUAUAUACUGCUUUUUAUGGAUGUCGACACAUUUGGAAUCAAUUCAUAAAAACAUCUUGCCUUACCCACUACAGCUCCCUGAUAUUCUAUAUCAGGGAGUUGUAGUGGGGAAGGCAAGACGUUUAGAAGCAAUGGACCAGCGCUGUCUGUGUUCUUUUCACCUCUCCAAACUUCAUGUACAUACUGAGAACCAAUAAUCCAAGUAGAGGUAAUUUUAAGUCACAUUGCUGGAAUUUGAGCCACUGGGGACCAUCUCGUGACCAGAGCACUGCCC